ACAGAUAUUGCCAGUUCAGAACUCCGUGGUUGUUUUGGUUUGUUUUUACCAGGCAUUUUAUACAUUUAUUUUGGUUGAAAACUGUUGUGCGAUUAAAACAAAUUUUAUUUAUCUAUGUAAAGUGCAAGAGACACCUUAAUAUUAUUAAAUACUAGAGAGUUAAAUCUCACUUACCGACUUGCCCAUCCUUCUAAAGAAGCGCUUCUGUGCUCAGAGCUACUAUGGAGGACAUUGAAACAGAAAAUUUCGAGUCUGAUGGAGAGUUUGCAUUUGAAACUGAUCAUUUAGCUUUACGUGGAAACAAAGAUUAUUGUGAUUUACUUAAAUAUAUUGUGAAAUUGGAAGCACAAAAGAUUAAUGCAUUGAAAGACAUAGAAGAGUUGGCUGAAGCCCAAAAUAAAGCUUUAGAAGAUCCUGUGAAAUUUGUCAAAAAUUUGCAAUCAGGAAAUGUUAAUUUUCCACUCCGACAAUCUGUUGCUGAUUUGCCGAACAUUGAUUGGGCUCGUUAUAAAAUUGAUUUGUCCCUAGAAAAUGAUGAUUUAAAGUCAAACAAAACUGAUGAAGACAGCAGUCUAUUAGUGAGAGGAAGAAAGUUCACAGAUAGUAAACCUGAAACAUUUAACCAGUUAUGGUCGUGUGAAGAACAAAAGCGCUUGGAAGAACUACUUGAAAUUUAUCCUGAAGAGCCCAUUGAAGCAAGAAGGUACAAGAAAAUAGCCCGGGAUCUUGGUACAAGAACACCUAUACAGGUGAUGUGUAGGGUCCAAAAAUAUUUUGCUAAAUUAGCAAAAGCUGGCUUACCGAUCCCAGGUAGGGCACCAAAAGGUGUUGCACGAGAGAAAAAGUCUACAUUCUAUAAAAAGUCAACCUUUUUCCCUCAACUACAUGUGCCUGUCAAAAUGGAUGAUCCUUAUGAGAAUAAUGAUCUAGAGAGUUCCUCUGUAUUGGACACUAGCAAUCGGAAUAGAUAUAUACUUGAUUUAUUAAAAGCUGCAAAAGAACAAAGGUUGCUGGAUGAAACCACUCCCGUUUACCAAACAAAAACUAUGUGUGUUGGUUGUCAGAAAACUGGAUUCCUCGGAGCGAGGUGGACCGAUAAUACUGGCACAGAUUAUUGCACUGAUUGUGUUGUCAGACUGUUACCAACAGAGAAAUUAAAUCCGAUUAGACAACCCAAAUUAUGAAUUUGAACUGUUGAGCUUCUUGUUGGUUUUUUGUUUGUAUAA